UUGUGUCUAUAUCUUUUCUGUUUCACAACAAAAUCUAGCAGAAUGAUAGAAAGAGUUACACUUCAGUCUGAAACUUAAUUUUAUAUGAUAAAUCAAGGUUCACAUGAGCUUUUUUUUAAUCUCAAAGCUAUGAAGUUUCAUUGAAGACUGAAUUUGGAGAAAAGUAGUUUUAUUUUACUAUCCUCACUGCCAUCUGAUUAACCAGAGUGAAACACAACUGGAACACUUGCCGAGAACUUUUCAUGCCAUGUACCAUUUGUGAGUGUAACAAUUUAUAAAAAAAAAAGAACAAAAAAGGAAAAUCAAAGGUUGUAAGAGGAAUAUUAGACAUGCUUUCAAAUGACCAGUUCAUUGACCCAAAAUAGUUCCGCAGUUUAGACUAUAUUAUUAGAAUUCUUUAGCUGAUCAAUAUUUAGUAGAAUAUACUGAGAAUGAACAGACUUCCAGUAGAACCUGCUUUAGGAAGAGUUUGAGAUACAUAAGGCAACAGUGACUAUAAUGAUUAUUGAGCAUCAUUUCAAACUCAGAAAGUUUUUCCCUUUUAGUCUUACAAGAGGGCUGUAUAGACUUCACUCCUCUGAUAAGCAGAAAUCUUCUGAACUCCAUGUAAAAUUAUUAAUGUCUAAUGUGCUGUACAUCAUAGGGAUAUUCAGACACAGUGUCUUUCACCCUUCAAGUUUCUAAGGAAGAUGAGCCAAAUUCAUUGAAUCUCAUAAGAUGAAGUCUUGAUUCCCCAUAUACUCCUUUUGGCUUUUUCCUGUGUUUAUUCCAGUUUUAUUUUGCGUGGAAUUUGAUGACUGGCUUACACAAUGUCACUAGAGUGCCCCUAUUUCCAGCUAAAAAUAUUUUGCCGUGUGUAUUCCAGGAUCAAACCUCUCUUCAUGGUCUUGCUACACCAAAGACAGUUCUCUUGUGAUCAGCUGAAUCACGUAUUUCUCUUUUCUACUAUUUCCUCCUAAUGAGUUCCCACUUUACAGCAGAAUUUAUUAAACACCGAGUAAAUGACAUUGCAUCUGGUACUGUGAACUUUCUCAAUUUUUGUUAAUUUCAAUGUCAUGCAGACCCAAUUUGACUGUUACUGAGAAUACUUCUUAACAUUAUCUUAUUAGAAGAUGUCUACAUUAGGCAGAGCAGCAAUUCAAGGAAGUCUUUAGCAGUAAUAGAAAAAAAAAUAACCCUUGAGCUCUGUAUAAGUCAUUCUGUUAAUGACCUUGUUAUAUUCUACCCUUCUUACUCUCUUUCAUUAGCCUACAUUUUAUAACUUGUAGUUUUCUUAAUAUAACUACCACACACUUUUACUUAAGUUAUAUAAUAAAAACCCACAAACUAACACUAGAUAGAGGCAUAACUACAUAUGCUGAGAGUCACUCCAGGAAACAAAAUAUUUGUUUGUAAAGUAGUUUAGGAGGUGCAUAGAAUAUUCUGCUGUUGCAUAUAAGAACUAGGGAUUUUUCUUUCUUUCUUCAAGAACAGUUCACUUCAUUUUUGACAGUAAUUCAAAUUCUUAAAAUCAUUUGACCUGUGAAUGUUUCUAGAGGGUGCAACCAGAUUUAAUGUUCCAGCCUCACAGGCUUACCUUUGCUUCUGGGGAUUGAACCCACUCUAAAUGAAAACUUGGGCAGACACAUUAACAUCUGCUACCUGUCCUCAAGCAGCUUUUCCCAAACCAACCAUUAAUGGUCUAGGACACUCUUUUUUUUUUUUUUCAGUGAAAUGUCAAAAUUUUGUGCAAAAUGCAUAUUGUUUUUAGGAAAAGCUAGUUUAAAAGGAAAAAAACCUUUCUACUGGAAAAAAAAUGCUAAUAGAAAAUGUUCAACUACUUCUAUCACCUGAGUCUUUUUAAAUGUUCCCAGUCUCAAGUGGUCAAGAAGUAAAUACCAUAAAAGCUUUUUCAGGUAGGCUAACACCAACCUAGUGUCAGGUUGCCUUUCAACAAAUCCAUACAACCUUCCUGGCAACUGCAACUUUUGCAAGGCACUCACAUACAAUUACACCAUCAGUGCUUGAAAUAAAGAUGUCUUUCCUUUAGUUCAGCUCUCUGAGUAACAUCCCUAGUGUGGGGUCUGCAAAUCAAGGAUGUGCUGCAAAUUUUAAGAGAAUUCAGAGAGAAACUGUGAGACCUAAUUGAACUGAAAAACAAGUAUAGCACUGACUUGUAAUAGAAUGUGUUUAGUUUAUCAAAGAGAAGGUUGAAGGGCUAUCCAUCUACAACCUCAAAGUGGAUCAAAUAUUGCAAGAAAAAUAUCAUAGAGCUGAUUUUAAAACAACAAGCAAAGCUAUUGGAAGACCCAAUGAUGGGAAACUGAUACCAUGCAAAACCUAGACUACAAGCAUGAUUAUGAACAUGUUAGGAAGAAAUGCAGUUCUCUAUGUGUCCAAGCCAGUAUUUCAUCUUUAAAAGAAAAAAAACCAGAUCUAUUUAAAUAUAAGUCUUGUAUUUAAAACAGAAGAUAAUUCUAGAAAAUACUGGUUUAUACGCUGGAAGUGACAAGAUGACUACACUGAUCCCACCUGUCCUUAAAAUAUCUGAUUUUCUGAAUGCCAUUUUCUCUAGCAUAACACUGUGCAGUCAUAAUGCAGUUAUUUGGUCUGAUAUUUUUUUCUUCUGUCUUCUGUUAUGUUUUGUUUGCCUUGCUGGCUUUGCAUUUUUUUGUUUCUUUUUUGGGUUUGUUUUUUUUUGUGUGUGUAUGGUUUUUUGUUUGGUUGGUUGGUUGUUUUGGUUUGUUUUGGUUUGUUUCUUUCUUUUUUUUACUCCAGGAAUUGGUCAAGGGGUGCCAGUGGUGGCCCUUAUUGUAGAAGGAGGUCCCAACGUUAUCUCCAUUGUUCUGGAGUACCUGCGAGACACUCCUCCUGUUCCCGUUGUGAUAUGCGAUGGCAGUGGCCGGGCAUCUGACAUCCUUGCUUUUGGGCACAAAUACUCUGAGGAAGGAGGACUUAUCAACGAGUCUUUGAGGGACCAGUUGCUAGUUACCAUACAGAAGACUUUCACAUACACCCGAACCCAAGCACAGCAUCUCUUCAUUAUCCUCAUGGAGUGCAUGAAGAAGAAGGAGCUGAUCACAGUUUUUCGCAUGGGAUCGGAAGGACACCAGGAUAUUGAUUUAGCUAUCCUGACAGCACUACUAAAAGGGGCUAACGCAUCUGCUCCCGACCAGCUGAGCCUAGCACUAGCCUGGAACAGAGUAGACAUCGCUCGCAGUCAGAUCUUUAUUUACGGGCAACAGUGGCCGGUGGGCUCCCUUGAGCAAGCAAUGCUGGAUGCACUGGUGUUGGACAGAGUGGAUUUUGUGAAAUUACUCAUAGAAAAUGGAGUAAGCAUGCAUCGUUUUCUCACCAUCUCCCGGCUAGAGGAACUGUACAAUACGAGACAUGGACCAUCCAACACUCUGCAUCAUCUAGUCAGGGACGUCAAAAAGCGAGAAUAUCCAGGUUUCGGUUGGAUCUAUUUUCAGGGAAACUUACCUCCUGAUUAUCGGAUAAGUCUGAUUGAUAUUGGUUUGGUGAUAGAGUACCUGAUGGGAGGAGCAUAUCGCUGUAAUUACACACGAAAGCGUUUCAGAACAUUGUAUCACAAUUUAUUUGGUCCCAAGAGGCCAAAAGCCCUGAAACUGUUGGGAAUGGAGGAUGAUGUCCCUCUGCGUCGAGGGAGGAAAACAACAAAGAAAAAAGAAGAAGAAGUUGAUAUUGAUAUGGAUGACCCUGAGAUCAAUCACUUUCCCUUCCCAUUCCACGAGCUCAUGGUGUGGGCUGUGCUGAUGAAACGUCAAAAGAUGGCCCUCUUCUUUUGGCAACAUGGGGAAGAGGCUAUGGCUAAAGCACUGGUGGCCUGUAAACUCUGCAAAGCCAUGGCCCAUGAAGCAUCGGAAAAUGACAUGGUGGAUGACAUAUCCCAAGAGCUGAACCAUAAUUCCAGGGACUUCGGCCAGCUGGCUGUGGAGCUGUUGGACCAGUCAUACAAGCAGGACGAACAACUGGCAAUGAAACUGCUGACCUAUGAGCUGAAGAACUGGAGCAAUGCCACAUGCCUGCAGCUUGCAGUGGCAGCCAAACACAGAGACUUCAUUGCUCACACUUGCAGCCAAAUGCUGCUCACAGACAUGUGGAUGGGUCGCCUCCGGAUGCGCAAAAAUUCUGGCCUAAAGGUAAUUCUAGGAAUUCUACUUCCUCCUUCAAUCCUCAGCUUGGAGUUCAAGAACAAAGAUGAUAUGCCCUACAUGUCCCAGGCCAAUGAGAUCCAUCUUCAAGAAAAAGAGCCAGAAGAACCAGAGAAGCCAGUGAAAGAAAAAGAUGAGGAAGACAUGGAACUCACUGCAAACAGCAGGAGCUGCCCACAGGAGCCCGACUGCAGGCAGGCAGAAGGACCUGCCUACAGGACCCAAUAUGCAGGCAAGCCGAAGGAGCAGCCCACAAGACCCACCUACAGGACCUGUUUGCAGGCAAUGCUGGGACGAGGGAAUGGAGAGUCCUCAAGAAAGAAGGAAGAAGAGGAAGUUCAGAGCAGGCACAGAAUGAUCCCUAUUGGAAGAAAGAUUUAUGAGUUUUACAACGCUCCCAUCGUUAAAUUUUGGUUUUACACGCUGGCAUACAUAGGCUACUUGAUGUUGUUCAAUUAUAUAGUGUUAGUGAAGAUGGAUCGCUGGCCAUCUAUACAGGAAUGGAUUGUCAUCUCAUAUAUUUUUACUCUGGGAAUAGAGAAGAUGAGAGAGAUAUUGAUGUCUGAGCCUGGGAAACUGUUACAAAAAGUAAAAGUUUGGCUCCAAGAGUACUGGAAUGUUACUGACCUUAUAGCUAUCCUCCUGUUCUCUGUUGGGAUGGUGCUCCGUCUGCAAGAUCUGCCACUCCGGAGCGAUGGACGAGUGAUAUACUGUGUUAACAUCAUUUACUGGUAUAUACGGUUAUUAGACAUCUUCGGAGUAAACAAGUAUUUGGGACCAUAUGUUAUGAUGAUUGGGAAAAUGAUGAUAGACAUGAUGUACUUUGUCAUCAUCAUGUUGGUGGUUUUGAUGAGCUUUGGUGUGGCAAGACAGGCUAUUCUCUUCCCCAAUGAGGAGCCUUCGUGGAAGCUGGCGAAAAAUAUUUUUUACAUGCCUUAUUGGAUGAUCUAUGGGGAAGUGUUUGCAGACCAGAUAGACCCUCCUUGUGGUCAAAAUGAAACCAGAGAAGAUGGCAAAAUAAUCCAGUUACCUCCCUGCAAGACAGGAGCAUGGAUCGUUCCCGCCAUCAUGGCCUGUUACCUCUUGGUAGCAAACAUCCUUUUGGUGAACCUCCUCAUUGCUGUUUUCAACAACACAUUUUUUGAAGUCAAAUCUAUAUCUAACCAAGUAUGGAAGUUUCAAAGAUACCAGCUAAUCAUGACAUUCCACGAAAGACCUGUUCUCCCACCACCUCUGAUCAUUUUCAGCCACAUGACUAUGAUAUUCCAACACCUCUGCUGCAGAUGGCGGAAGCAUGAAAGUGAUCCAGAUGAGAGAGACUAUGGAUUAAAGCUUUUCAUAACUGAGGAUGAACUGAAAAAGGUCCAUGAUUUUGAAGAACAGUGCAUAGAAGAAUAUUUUAGAGAAAAGGAUGACAGAUUCAAUUCCUCCAACGAUGAAAGAAUCCGUGUGACUUCAGAAAGGGUAGAGAAUAUGGCCAUGAGACUAGAAGAAGUAAAUGAGCGAGAGCACUGCAUGAAGGCUUCUCUGCAGACUGUUGACAUCAGGCUUGCUCAGCUGGAAGACAUGAUGGGACGGAUGGUGACUGCCUUAGAAAAAAUGACUGGCAUAGAGAGAGGUGAGACAACUAAGAUACGAUCCAGGACCUCAUCUGACUGCACGGAUGCAGCCUACAUUGUGAGACAGAGUAGCUUCAACAGUCAGGAAGGAAACGCUUACAAGCUUCAGGAGAGCAUAGAUCCCACAGGAGAGGAGUCCAUGUCCCCAACAUCGCCUACGAUCACACCCCGCAUGCGAAGCCACUCUUUCUAUGCAACAAAUAUGAAGGACAAGUGUGGGCUGGAAAAGCUGGAAAGCAUUUUUAAGGAAAGAUCUCCAAGCCUGCAUCGGGCAAUCAGUUCCCACUCAAUAGCAAAAGAAGGAAAGACUCCGUUAGCCCCUACGAGCACUUUGUCAAUUGCCCCAGACUCCAGAAGACCUUCAUCUUGUAUAGACAUCUAUGUUUCUGCCAUGGAUGAGAUGCAUUCUGACACAGAACCUCUCGAGAGCUCCAUAAAUAUUCUUGGUCCUGGAGAUGCAGCUCUGCAGGCUCACAUAGCCUCUUCCCUUUUAGCUAGUAGUGCAUACAUUAGCAGUACACCUGGUGAAAAAAUUUCUGGCAGGAGUCUUGAUUAUGAGGAAACCUCUGGAAUAGAAACAAGAGCAUUUUCUUCAGACUACUCACAAAUCACCGACUGUCAAAUCCCCUGGGAUUCAGACCCUCCCUUGUAUCACACUUUAGAGCGAUCUAAAAGCAGUCGUUACCUGGCUACAACUCCAUUUAUACUGGAGGAAACGCCUAUUGUGAAAUCUCACAGCUUUAUGUUCUCUCCAUCUCGAAGCUACUUCAGCAGCCUUGGGGUCCCAGUCAAAACAGCAGAGUACACAAGUAUUACAGAUUGUAUAGACACGAGGUGUGUGAGUGCUCCCCAGGCCAUUGCGGAGAGGGCCAGUUUCCCUGGAAGUCUUGGGGGCAAAGUGGAAGACUUGGGCUGCUGCCACCCAGAGAGAGAAGCUGAACUAAGCCACCCAAGCUCUGAUCAUGAAGACACUGAGACCAAAGAAAAGAAGGGAAUCCCUUUAUCUCCUCAAGACAGCAAUGCUGCAAGAACCCUGGCCAACAGCAUCCCACUUCCAAAAAUAGAGCGAGCCAACAGCUACUCUGCAGAGGAGUCCAACAUGUUGUACGCCCAGCACACACGGAAGAGCUACUCUAUCAGUGACAAACUCGACAGGCAGAGAAACGCAACAGGCCUGCGGAACCCCUUUGAGAGGAGUAAGUCCUCCAGGCCAGAGAGCAGAGGGGACAACCUGUCCAUGAGGAGACUGUCAAGAACAGGAGCCUUCUGCAGCUUUGAAAGCAAACACAGCUAGGCUUAGACAAAGUUCACCGGCAGUCAAAGGGUCAUCUGCUCUCCAGUCCAUUUUCUCAGCAGAAUUAAAACCAAAAACCUUCACGUUACCAAAUGUCAACUCCAGUUGGCAUUAGCCACCGGUCAAGGGAGCACAUUGUCAAUCUCAGUAUCACCCACUGAGGUACUGCAUUUUGACCCAGUUGACAUUUGCACUUAAGGAAAAAGGGAGGGAUGAAAACUUUACAAAGACUUCAGUAGACAAGAGGACUAACAAUCCCCCUUUUUGAAGUCAGAAGAAAUAAAUUAAGAGGUAUAAAUAAAUUAAUAAAUAUCUGCCUUUUAUUAGAAGGCAUCCUAAAAUCUUUGAUCAUUAUUCAAAUUUUUAAGAUGCAGAAAUUAACUGGCAAAAAGAGAUGUACAAUUUAAAUGUUAUGAACUUCAAUCACAACAUCUUUUUCAUCUAUUUAACCAUUGUGAUGACCAAUGAAAAGCAUUUGUUAUUUCUGUAGGAACUGGCAGCAAACAAGACUCCCAAGUCCCUUGCAUCCCACACUUGUGGAAGUGAAGAAAGGUGAACACAAUACCAACCAUAAUGUUCACUUGUCUCCUUUUAUAUCAACUUCUAGUGCCACAGAAAGUUUGUAUUUUGAAGAGCAGAAAGGGAAAUGAAAUGCCUUUUGUACUGCAACUUAAACAGAAGGAGAAUUUAUGCUAAAAUAUCAGGUGAUUUCCUGUAUAAAACAGGCAUUCUAGAUUCUAGCACAGCUGAGCAAGCUCAGGAUGAAUGUAAUUAAGCGGAAUAGUAUAUAUUUAUUUUUUUACCACAUUUGUCAUCAGUAUGUUGUCUCACUAAAUCAAAGGAUGUGAUGGAAUAGUAAGAAGAGGAUGAUCAGAGCAGAGCAUGGUAAUAUUGUCAGGUUCUUACUACUCCGUUUAAUUAUGUACACAAAUUGGGGAGAUUUAUGCACCACACUGAUACCAGGUUCUUCUUGCUGUUCCAUUUGAGCUGCUGACUUUUCACAUCAUUCCCUCAACUAAAAAUAUACACCUUUUUUUUUCAUGUGUACAUAGCUGUAUUUGAGCAUUUCAAAGUAUACAAGAAUUAUCAAGCAAUCUGAAUCCAGAUUCAUGUAAUUAGACUGAAGUUGCUUAAAGGAAAAUGUUUUUGUCAGAGGACUGGAAAACACUAAAAUUUCUCUAUGCUUCUAAGGUAAGUUAAAGAACCAAAGUGAAACUGCAAGUGUCUGUAAAGAGCAAAAGCCAUCAGUUGUGACUAGGCUUCCACCGUUCAGCAGCUUAUGACACAAUGAGCAUUUUUAUAGGAGGAUGUAUGAAUGGUAGUGCAGUGAUGGGUUUUGGUUGAAGACAGUUGUAACUCCACUGAGCUGACCCAAGGGUCCACAAUGUCAACCAGACUUUCAAACUUCUGAUGAGAAGGUGUCCCAGGUCACAGGUGGAAGGGUAUGCAGAAGAUUGGAAAAGGGUAGAGAAGCAUAAACUGCAACUGGAUCAAAACUUCACAUACUUUAUGAAGGCAAAACAUUUAAGCUUUUAAAGAGUUGAAGCUAGUGCUAUUAAAAAUUAAAAUGUCUCUACAAUUACCAACAGCUGUGUAGAACCAGCUCCUUUUUGUUAUUAAAGAUGAACACGUGAGUGGGGUACAUACUUCACAUUAUUUAAAUGGGAAUUAUAUUUCAAAGGCACCUUUGAGAAUGCAGGCUGACAUUUUCUCACCGAGUCCUCACACUGGGAGACUCUGAACGCCAUCUGAAAGCUAAGUCUGAAAGGCAACAAAUCCAGACAGAAAAUAAUCAUCAGCCUCAGGAAAAGAGGCAAAGAAGGUGAAAACAUUUAGUUAAUAAGUCACUGCGUUGGAAAGUUCAGGAAACAAAGAAAUGCAACAAGGGGAUGUUAAGAACAGUGUGUUUCAUACUUCCUGCACCAACGUGUUCCUUGCUUUCUUCUAUUUGUUCAGGCUUUCAAUGAGCUGAACUCCACCAAGACAGUGUGUUUAUGCAAUUGCCUUUCAGGCCAUGUGCAGCAUUACAGUCACAUGGCAAUACCAAGAAAGGUCAGAAACCUUUCUGUGCAUUAUGAAGCAUGCUUGUGGCAGGCUGAUUGUUGAACAAUAGCAAAAUGCCCAAGGGCAAAGGAACUUGUAUUUCACAAUAUGCUUCAAAUGUGCCAACUUCUGUUAGCAGCCUUUUCCUAAGGCUUCUCCAAAUAUAUCUAUCCUUGGUGAGUAGAGGGGGAUAUUCUCACUUUGUUUUCUUUUGUUACUUUUAUGAAUGUCUGCUAAAACUAUUGUGGAGUCCUUCAUUUUCACCGUAUUACUGGCCUACUCUAGAGGAAUUUCAGAUUCAUUACAAAUUCCUUAUCAGUGCUUAGUGAAUUAGUUCAAGGCAUUGGGUUCUCCUCUGGGCUAGAUUUCAUCGCUUGGUUUGUCAGGGUAAAGGAAUUUGCCAAACCUAGAAGCUGUAUAAAUGUUUAGGAUACAGCACCUUAUUGAUCUGGAGCACACAUUCCAGGUAAAAUGAAACAGGACACUUUAUUUACCUCUUAAAAUUUGCCAUUAUGUAUAAAAUGUAAAUUCAGAUGUUAAAAGUAUGAUUGCAAGAUGUCAGAACACCACUGUUCCUGAAUGUUUCCCAUUUAUUCUAUAAUGUGGUUUCUACAGAAUAUAUAUUAUGAUGGAUGUUAGAUUAUUUUAUUUUCACCUGCUUUUACACAUUACAUCAAACUGCUCCUUUUUGAAUUUGAUGCUAAAACACCUAUUCCUUGCAGUGGGACCAGACUUCCCAUUCCUAAUAUUAUGAUCAUUUAGUGAGAGUGGAAGUCUUAUCAUCCAUCAUCGUGUAGCUAUAGCAUGUGCCAUAUGAUAUAUUCUGUAUCAAAGGAUAACUUAUAAAGUAGACACAUAUAGAGUUGUGACAUGUGGUAAUAUUAGUGAACGUUACAGGACAAUUUUAAUAUCACAUUAUAUGGUCUUGUUUGUAAAUCUGUAACAUUCAAUAAAAUAGCACAUGUUGCAUCAAGCAUUAAGUUCCACUAUCCAAUUAUUAGCUUACAUACGGAAUAUGCAUUUCUUGUCACAGUGUGUAAGUUUGGUAUGUUUCACACAUUUCUUUGUAUAGCUCCACUUAAAUGUCUGUAUGAGCCGAUGUAUAAACAGCUAAUGAGCUGCUGUGGGCCAUGACAGAUGAGUUGUGAUGGUGUGAAAGAUGAACUGGCAUGUUAUGCAAAAGAUUAUAAGAUAAAUGAACUUUAAUAAUAUUUUGAAACUCAAUUGAGCUUAGCUGUUUGUUUACAUAUGCUGAUUGACUGAGGAAGCUGUGUGCAGUAUUUUAUAAAUAUUUUCCUAUAAUAAUCUGUUCUAUUGUUUCUGGUUUAAGUGAUUCUAUUCUACAGUUGGGGUAUACACUUGUCCUACGUAUUGUAUUAUAGCACAAUAUUCUUUCACAAUAACAGUGUGAUAUGACUGAAGUAGUUUCUCUUUCUUACAGUCCAGUCUUUUUUUGUGUCAAAGAAAAUGCAUGCAUUGUUCCAUGAGUUUCUUUGGACUACUAGGAGACUUAACAUUUUACUAUUGCCUGCCUGUAAAGAUGAAUCCAGUUAGGAAUGAAUUCAAACUUUUGGAUGUUUACAUUAUUUCCAUUACGUUUGAUCUUUAGCAAAGUAAGUGAUUUUUUUAUUAUUUUUAAAUGACAAUUGUAUUUUAUGAAAUUUGAAUACUCAAUACAAAAUGCGAACCUACAGCAGUGCUCAGACAUUUGGCUCUCUCUUUUUUUGGAAGAGAUAAGGUGCUACAUUAUUGUUCUUAGCACAAGUGCCAGUUAACAAAUGGCAGUGAGGGGAUAAUUUGAAAAUAUAAUAAAAAACCAAAACAUACAUUCAUCUACAUACGGAAAUCCCUCUGGGUUCCAGACCCGGAUUAAUUUUUUUCUUUAAUUUUCCAUUUAUAGAUUUUUUGGUAAAAAAAAAGAAAAACAACAAAACUGAUUUGUACCUUUUGUGGAAUGGAUAGCCUUUUGUCAGGGGAUAAAUAUCUUAGUUAGGUAUAUUUUUUGUAUGAGAAGAAAAUGAUUUGUUUCUUAGAAACUGUCAGUGCAUGGAAAAUGCAACUACAUGAAUAACUGCUAAAAAAAAUGUGCUGGUAGCAGCACACAGCCUUAGUCCAAUGACUGCAGUCAGAGCAAACAAGUAUCUGUCCUGAGAGCAUUAGUUAUCAAAGGUAUUAGACUGAACCAGUGAAACAAAAUGCUCUGUAAACUCGUGGUGCAGAUUUUCAAAACAAGCAUAAAUGUCUUGUUAUGUUGCUCAGGUUAAACACUUAAGAGGAUCUGAUAAUCACCAGAAGGGAAAAUGUGAGCUGGUCAUUCCUGGAUUUCCCUGGGAACGCUUAAGUAGUUGUGAUGUCUCUCCCCUGCUUAAAAUGAUAAUAUAUUUGCAUUUUUGCACAAAUAUGCAUAACUGUUUUAAGAAAGGCCACAUUUUCAGUUCUGCUGAAAGAUAGUAAGUAUAGAUCAUCUUCUUCAAAAGAGAUGGGAAAGAUUCCUAGUAUGGAUUUUUCCUUCAGCCACCUCAAAUGAAAACACAGUCCCAGCUGGGAUGUAGUAAGCAUUGGGGGUGUCUGCUCACCUAGUGAAGCCCUUCAUUACCGUAGAUGGUAUUCACUGCCCUUGCCACACAUUGGCACAAAAGCAGUAGUAUGGAAUGCGGAGGGACUUUGUUUCUGCGCCCCAGUGAGAGUUACCCUGCUUUAUAGCCAGUCAUACGGUGAACACUUCAGGUCACACAAGUUUCUCUUCUCCAAGACUGACUACAAACUAUGGUCUUACUGAUGCUGGUGCAGAAAAUCCACUGAUUUGAAUGGCAUACUCUGACUUUUGUCAGGAGAUGGAUUUAUUCUGCAUUUCUAACUCCAUAUUACUUUGAGCCAUAGCAUGGGUUACACUAAAUUAUCUUCAAGCUGGAAGCCUCAUGACAGAGCCUUUGAGCCAGACUGGUUGUGAAACAGUCUCUGACCUUUUAAUUUCUGCUGUAUGCUUUCAGAUCUGUUGUAGAGCCACACAAUACUUAUUUCAAAGAGCUAUUAGGAAAAAACAUUUGAUUAUUAAAUUGCUGCUGUUUCUGCUGCAGGGAAGUGAUAACUCUUGUUUAUUUUAGUAUUUGGGAGGGAGGGGGAAGGGACAGAAGAGGGAAUUGGAUGUGAAAUACAGUUUUAUGCCUGUACAAGAGUAAAUUGUAUCAAAGUUAUAUCCUUUUUCCACCGCUGCAAUUGUUGUACAUGAGGAGAGUCUAUUUGCUGCUACUGCUAUCUGGAACAGUGUCUGCAAUAUACUAUACUCAUAGCUAUUUAAUUGUUUAUUAUUUGGGCUAUCAUUUUUAAGUGUAUAACAAUCAUUUAUAAAGGGAUAAAAAUUAUUAUAAAAUGUCAUUUUAAACAAAUUCCUACUAAUACAAAGCUUUUCGAGUAUGAUUUGUCUAAAUGUACAUAACUAGGGAAAAUGGUCCUUUCCAAAGGUCUACUGGAUUCACAAUGCACUUUUAGACUGUGUUUAGAUGCGUAAUAAAGAGCAGAAGUUGGCAAUUACUACAGUAGAACUUUCUGAAAUUUCUGUAACAAUUGUUUUGCAAUAAAAAAAGAGAUGUAGAUAAAAA